GUGUCAACGAAUUCACCCAUUAUUUUUUGCAGUGGAGAUAACUUAUCCUCUUAUAAUGAUUGUUGAUAAUCUGUAAUCUUUAUUUUUGGGAACCCGUACUUUGAUCCCGGAUCACUCCUUUAUCGAGAUUAUAUUAAUAUUCGUGAUGAAAUGAUUACGAAUGUAAGACAAAGAGACCGAAUCGCUCGAGCAUACCGAUGCGAACAUCCCUGCCAUAUCCAAAAGACGAUUACAAGAUCUGGUUUGUUGAAAGCCACAGGUGUGGUUACAAGGGAGACCGUUUUAGUCAUGGUUUGGCGGAAUAAACACCACACACAUCACUUUGGACAACAGGACUAUUGGUUUGGUGCGUUGCCGAUGAUCAGGGUAUUGCUAUGGAUCGCAAUCCCACCAGUGCACAUAUACAGAAGAUACCAAGUCGUGCAAUACUGGAUGAGGGGGUUUUACCCAAUUCUCGUGAACAGAGUGCACACAAAUCAAACACGCGCCUCGAAAGGACUUGAUGCUCGCAGUUAUAAACACUAUGUUAACAAUGGAUAUUGGCUACCAAGAUGUACCAAAAACUUCGAACGCAACGUUAAGUGUCGAAAGAAACCAGAACAUAUCUAUCUUCCGCCGCCAUUACAAACGUUGAAUGUAAAGGGCCCUAACGUUCUUUGUCAUAGUACUAAUUCAAAUGAAUUGUUUAAGGACAGUGCAUGUGUAAACAGAUCCAUAUCGAACUUGCAUAACGAAAAUCACAACCAGCAUGUGUCUACUUCGAUAGUGAAGUUUGUGCAUAAAGAAACGGAAAGUGUCUUUAAACCAAAUAACUCACACGUUGAUCAUAGAUCACGAGGACCAAACCUCAGACGAUAAGACGCAUAAAUAUGUUCAAAGACGUCGUGAAUGCUCAUCUUUGUCAAAUGACAGAUACUUAGAAGACGAAGAAUGUGUCGAACCGAAUCCUACUGCAUACACUGCAAAUGAUCUCAAUUAUGUUCAUUCAUCAACGGAAACAGUUGAACUACUCAAACAGGAUAAAGAAAGCUCAGAAACCAAAUGUACUGAUAAAAGAACUCAUCCCGGACUAUACUAUGAUUCAACUUUGUCCAUGCAGCAAAAAGAAGGGACUGUUGUUAUGAAAUUGAUGACUGAACUUAUGGGUACGCCCUUGUCAAAUACAGUCACGACGCAGCAUCUGCAAAGUUUUGAAAACACAGACGACUUUGUAGGAUUACACACAUCAAAUUGUUAUUCACGACCAACAAUUGACGUAGGUGAUAAACAUAAUUUACGUCAAAAGAAAAAGUCAAUUACAAACACCACUUAUCACGAAGUUGUAAUACCGACAAUAUCAACUGAAUUAGUUUGUGGCUAUCAUACGCGUAAAAAGAAAAAGGCAACUACAGAUAUCACCUGUGAAGUAGUUCCAAUACCCGAUCAAAAAGCGGACCGGAAGCAAUUUGUAUACCAUGGUGCUACAGACCAUGUCUUGCAACCGCGUGACUUAUAUUGGUGUGUUAUGCCAGUAACACAGGAGGUCUUUGUUCAAGAACUAAGACGUAUUGUUGAGAAAACCGUUCAAGGAGAGCCGGUUCCCGCACAAGAAAGCAUGCGAUUCGAACUGCUUAGAAGUUGCACGUACAGGACGUUUCCAAAAGAUGGUAAACCCGACGUCAGAAAGUUAGCGGAGGCUGGCUUUUAUUACGCAUCAAACAAUGAUGAAGUGAUUUGCUACUGCUGUUAUAAACGUAUAAGCAACUGGAACGCUGACGACGAUCCCUUGGCUGUUCAUCGGAGAAUUUCGCCAACAUGUCGCUUUUUUACAGAUGCAGCGACCGUCAAUGUGACAAAAGAAGUAACAGCACACGUCGAGUCAGAAAUAAUGGCAAAAAUCCAAGGCGGGCGUCGAAGAAAUACACCACGAAGUGCACCACUUCCAACAAAAAAAGAAUCACAAAGUCCGGGGAAUGUUGCAGAUUCAGGUGUCUCUCUUUGUCAACGACCGCCAGCACAAGCACAUGGGCAGUUUGUAUUAGCCCAAAGCGGCGACACGUCCUUACCCAUUUAUCAGCCAACGGACAGAACGCGGGAAUUGGCUAAAUAUCAGUCAAUGAUGCCACAAACAACGCGGAUGAAAAUUUCUCAAACAGGCCACAAUUUCAGACUGGCGCUCCUGUGCCUCAGGACAACUUUAGGAUUCCUCUUAUCGACACUAAAGCUGUGCAACCAUCUGAGGACGAACCUGAACAAGGAGUAGACAUUUACCAGUUUUCCCGUGAUUCACGCAAUGGUGAUGUACAUACACUGGUGACCUCGGCUGCAACCACUGCGGAAUCAUCACGUGCUCCAGUGCUACAAUCACAGACAGUGGAGUCAUUGAUGCUUUCUGAUGCCUAUAGCAUUGUUCGAAGCAUGGGUUAUGAUGUACACAUUGUCAGACAAGCAUUAUCCAACUUGCUGGAAAAGGGUGAAACACAGCCGGGUGCCCAGGUCAUACUGAAUGAAAUCUUCCAAAUCGAAGAUCGAACUUGAAAUACUAAAUCGUCAAAUCGUGUAUAUAUUCUUUUUUUUUUAUAUCUUUUUGUUUGCCAUUCAUAUUUGGGGUGUGUGAAGUGAGUUUUGUUUUUGAAAUAUAUUUACCCUGUUUCGUAUUUUAUUUCGUAAUGUAAAUGUGUUUUACAAUAAUUUUGCUUAAUUAUGUAUUUUACAAAUACAAACUAAUAUAAUAUUGCAAAUAAUAUAGGUAUAGGACAUACAAAAAACAUUGACAACUAAACCCCUGUUAAAAAUUAUCCAAGUUAUGAACUCUUGAAAUAAUAAAGAAAAAAACAAUACAUUUGUCGAAAAUGAUAAUUAGUAAAUUACAUUUAAUGCACCUAGUUGCAAAAUGUGUAACUAAAAUCAUACCCCAUGCAUCAAGGUUUAAGAGACUGUAGUGUUGUCACGAUGUUCUGCAAUCAUAAUCGGAAUUGUGUCUAAAAUAUUGCUUAAUAUGUUUUAUGGAAUAGGAAUAAUCAAGAAUACUACUCAGUUCAGCCUACAUUUAUUUGAACGAUUAAUCAAUAAAACGGUGUCAUAUGUGCCGAUGUAUACGUAUUUUGAAUGUGUCCAUGUCUAAUCAUGUUCAACGCAAUGGAACUUGCAAUUUGGAAUCUUAUUAAUCAAUUGGUAUUGCGAUAAAGAAAUUAAAGAAUAGUAAAUAAAGCUGUUUUAUAUUGUGUUGCUUAGAUUUAUGUAUGUUAAUGGACAUUUUUAAUGAGAUUUAAUCAAACUACAUAAUUAUAAUUAGUCAUAGCUAAUAUCAGUUUUGAUUGAGAUAGCAUUCUACUAAAAUGACUUAGUUUCGAGUGAUGUUCUUAAGCAGUGUCACAACGAAAACAAAUAUAUUCUUUUUUUACUUUAAGCCAUGAAAAUUGACUUUAUUUCAUUUUUUUCAAUCUCAAUGAAGAAUAUAAGAAUACAUCUCACUGAUAGUUGUUCCUCAUUCUAUAUUUUGCCUAUUAUAAUAAAAUACAAUUUUUCAUUA